AUGGCUGCCUUGGUUCACGACAUCGAGGAGGCAUUGAUCCUUCGCUUACGGGAGCAAGGCUGGCCACUAAACCUCACGCGCUGGGUCGGCUCGUUUAUGCAAGAUAGGUCGGCACGCAUCCGCUACCAGGAUAUCGUAACGGAUUCAUCGCCACUCCAGUGCGGUCUGCCACAGGGAUCGCCAGUCUCUCCGAUCCUCUUCCUACUAUAUACGGAACCAAUCUACCGCCAGGGCAGCUCAAAAAGGCGUUUCGGCUAUGCGGACGACACUGCCAUUCUCUGCGUCGGCAAUAGCCUAGACGAGACGUCCGCCGUAUCCGACACUUGCCAUCCAGUAGACGCCAAGCAGUGUGGCUAA